AUGCCCCAAAUCAAUCAAGUUAAUAAUGGUAAUAAUAACAUCAGCAAUCAUUUAAGGAGGGAUCUUGGCCGAUGGUUAAGACAAAGAAUAUACCCGUUAGUUGAAGAAAAAACAUUGGACGCUUACAACUAUUAUCUGCAUUUGAUUAAUAAUCACAACAAUAAUGAAAAAUACAAUUAUAUAAACCACCAUCAAUUUUUAGUAUAUGUAGCAAGGUCUUGCCUUCAAACUGAUGAAAAUAGUUUUCCUGACAUCCAUCGGAGUUUACUUACGUUAGUCGUUAGCGAUUUGAAUCGAAGUUCAUCAGAUUACGAAAGAUACAAGGUCACUAUAUACACUAGGCGCUUUAAUGAAUUUAUCGACAGACGAAAUUCUGCAAAUCAAGAUUGUUAUAAUCAAUUAAAUAUCAAUGACGAAGAUGAUUACGAUCAACAAGAUAAAUUUACAUGGGAGGAUUUUUACGCUCCCUAA